AUUUCCACAUCAAACAAUCCAAUUUUCAUCCUGUUCCUUCUGAUUAUGAUCUCUCUGGAGUAUUAACAAGACUGAUUUGAUGAAGAAGCAUGGCGUACUUUUGGAAAAUACCUUUGACAGAAGAUGAAUUAUCUGAAGGAAAAUCUGAGGACCAAGCAUCUUACUCUGUGUGUCAUUCUCGUCUUGAGAGCCAAGUCAGUCUAGGACUUGACCGAAUAGUUGGUGAAGGCAGCAGUGAAAUACCCUUCUAUGUUCCAACCCAUUCACAUGACCCUGAAGAAAAUGAAUUUUUCCCAUCAGAUGUAUUUGACUUGGAUGCAGCAGAACAUUUAUGUGGAGUAAAUCCAUCUCAAAUUCUUCAUGGGGACCUCUACACCUCUCACUGGCAGCAAGUCAGAGUGCCACCAACAAUUGGCUUUAGACCUUCUUUGCUAUCAGGAUUUAACGACUCCACCAUUGAGAAUUGCUACCCUACAUACCCCAUCGAAACCCUUUAUGACUAUGGUCCAUAUGGAAGAAAUAGCGUGAGUCCAACUACAGAUGAAUUUGGAUCAGAUGUCGAGAGAGAGAAUAAAAAUCUGAAUUUCUAUAUAGGCUUUGAACAUAUAGACCAUCAAUCUCCCAUUUUCACAGAUGACAAUGCAUGUGGACAAGGAAUUAAAGAUAAAAGGAGAAAUCCCAGUAAAUCUUUCCUGGUGCGAUCUGGGGAAACACACGUAACAAACCCUUCUAGAAAAUUGACCACAGGACCUGUCUGGCCCAGCAUCUCUGUGAACAGCUCUGCAGAUAGCACAGAGAUUUCAGGUUGGCCUAUCCAGUUGGCUGAAGCAGAUCAAGGGAGUAAUGAAAGUAUUGCCUCCUUUUGCAAUGGAGUGAAGAAAAUAAGAGAUUCAUAUCGUGCUUUUGAUCUGAAGACAAAUACUGGGAAGAUUUGGAGUGUCACAUCAACAUUAUCAGAUGAGAUCCUUUGUAAAUCAAAAUUAAACGUUAGCAUUUUGACAAACUCUUCAUCGCCUCCACUGCAUCUUACACCGUAUGCUAGCUGCAUUAUCCGCAACUUAAUUGUAGAGAUUCUCCAUUGCACAAAUCAAUAUCCAGCCCAGGAAGAGUAUUUUCUAAGCAUUUAUGGGUCUGAUGAAUUUUUACAAAAUGAUCGUGCUUUGGGCAGUCACGAGAGCCUUCUCAAGGCAACCACCUCCAUUCAGCUUCGUCUACAGAAAGGCACCAGCUAUCAGCAAAGUUUGGCUCGAACGCAUGAAGAUGAUCAAAGUCAGUUCAGUGUGAAUCAGCUGCUACAACAUGCAUGUAUUUGGAAAGUGUCUAGGAAGAACCUUGUUACAUUUAUUAUGAAAUAUGCAGGUCAAGUGGAAUAUCUAUUACAAAAUGAGGUAUUUGUUCUCAGUCGUCUUUGCCAGAAAAACAUUGACUUACCUGUGAAAAGUCUCUAA